UGGUCUCCGCAGAGGAUCUGUUGCCGUCAUGUCGGCUGCAAUUGCAGCUCUGGCUGCGUCCUACGGUUCCGGUUCAGGGUCCGAAUCGGACUCGGACAGUGAGGGCGGACGGUGUUCCCUGCCAGCCGCCGACUCCCUCAUGCACUUGACGAAAUCAGCUUCGACCAAGCCCUCUCUGGCAGUGGCGGUGGACUCGGCUCCGGAGGUGGCAGUUAAGGAAGAUUUAGAGACUGGAGUUCACCUUGACCCUGCUGUCAAAGAGGUUCAGUAUAAUCCUACCUAUGAGACCAUGUUUGCUCCUGAGUUUGGACCAGAAAAUCCCUUUAGGACACAGCAAAUGGCUGCCCCUAGAAAUAUGCUUUCUGGAUAUGCUGAACCAGCUCAUAUCAAUGAUUUUAUGUUUGAACAACAAAGAAGAACUUUUGCCACAUACGGUUAUGCAUUAGACCCUUCAUUAGAUAAUCAUCAAGUGUCUGCUAAAUAUAUUGGUUCGGUAGAAGAAGCUGAAAAAAAUCAAGGUUUAACUGUGUUUGAAACUGGUCAGAAAAAGAUAGAAAAGAGGAAAAAGUUCAAAGAAAAUGAUGCAUCUAAUAUUGAUGGUUUCUUGGGACCGUGGGCAAAAUAUGUGGAUGAAAAAGAUGUAGCCAAACCCUCAGAAGAAGAACAAAAAGAAUUGGAUGAAAUCACAGCGAAGAGGCAGAAAAAAGGCAAACAGGAAGAAGAGAAGCCUGGGGAGGAGAAGACAAUCUUACAUGUUAAAGAAAUGUAUGACUACCAAGGUAGAUCCUAUCUUCACAUACCUCAGGAUGUUGGUGUUAAUCUUCGGUCCACUGUGCCACCUGAGAAGUGUUACCUUCCCAAAAAACAAAUUCAUGUGUGGUCUGGACAUACAAAGGGUGUCAGUGCCGUCAGAUUAUUUCCUCUCUCUGGCCAUUUAUUGCUGUCUUGUUCCAUGGACUGUAAAAUUAAGCUAUGGGAGGUUUACGGAGACAGACGCUGUCUGCGAACAUUUAUUGGCCACAGCAAAGCCGUUAGGGACAUCUGCUUUAAUACUGCAGGAACGCAGUUCCUCAGCGCAGCUUAUGACAGGUACCUUAAGCUCUGGGACACUGAGACAGGACAGUGUAUAUCAAGAUUUACAAACCGAAAAGUGCCCUAUUGUGUCAAAUUUAAUCCCGAUGAAGAUAAGCAAAAUCUCUUUGUAGCUGGUAUGUCUGAUAAAAAGAUUGUGCAGUGGGACAUUCGAAGUGGAGAAAUUGUGCAGGAAUAUGACCGGCAUUUGGGAGCUGUCAACACCAUUGUUUUUGUUGAUGAGAAUAGGAGAUUUGUGAGCACAUCUGAUGAUAAGAGCCUAAGAGUUUGGGAAUGGGAUAUCCCUGUGGAUUUCAAGUAUAUAGCAGAGCCCAGUAUGCACUCCAUGCCUGCGGUGACUUUGUCUCCAAAUGGGAAAUGGCUAGCAUGCCAAUCAAUGGACAACCAAAUCUUAAUUUUUGGAGCACAGAACAGAUUUAGAUUGAAUAAGAAAAAAAUUUUUAAGGGCCAUAUGGUAGCGGGUUAUGCUUGUCAGGUGGACUUUUCACCGGACAUGAGCUAUGUGAUUUCAGGAGAUGGAAAUGGAAAAUUGAACAUCUGGGACUGGAAGACCACCAAACUCUACAGUCGAUUUAAAGCUCACGAUAAAGUGUGUAUAGGUGCAGUGUGGCAUCCACAUGAAACCUCUAAAGUCAUAACAUGUGGUUGGGAUGGGCUCAUUAAGUUGUGGGAUUAACGAGAUUAGUCCUUAGCUAGGGUCGUUUUUGGUCCAAGUUCGUAUUUAACUAUAUUUAAUUAUUAAAUGUGUUGGAUGACAACUUGAUUUACAGAUUAUGAUUGCCUUACAUGGCCUUAUGAAGUUGACCCAUUGUUUAAAAAUACAUAUAUAUUUUUUGUAAAUUUGGCUCAUAUAAUUUCAUUGGCAACUUCAUUUUGUUCUUUAUAGAUAUUAUUUAUACGGAGAAUGACCACUGACUUUCUAUGUGGUGAGUAGUUGUUGGCAGGCAGUUUGGGUUUACCCCCCUUGACAUACUGAAAGGAUCUCUCUGGAGUUGAGGAAGAAUCCCUGGUGGAUUUGGUGUUUUAAAGGAGGUAAUACAGUUAAUGACAAAUAAUUCUGAAAGGCACCGUGUUUACCUAAGCUUCAACAAAAAGGGAAGUAAGGACCAGGGACGAUGUUAUUUAAUGUGAAUCUGAAAGAAGGUAAAACCACCCACAAUUACUGUUCCCAUUAUUUUGGUGGGUCAAGUUCAGAUCUUUUGGAUUCAGGAGUUCUAUUUUUUAUGACAUAUAUCGUAUGUUUACUUUAAGCCAGCAAUCUUCUCUGACUGCAGCAUUUCUCUAACUAUUAAACAAUGGAAAAUAAACAGUCCAGAGUUGUUUCCUUGGCUUUCUUCCCAAUCAGUAUAGAUAGGACUAUAUAUAAGCAGAGAAUUAUGUUAUUUUGAAGGUGAAACUCAAGAGAAUUGAGUCAAGACUUUGAGUUUUAUUUGUAUUUACUAUCUGUAAGGACCUGGCUACACUUCCAGAAAUCAGGGUCUCCUAGGUCAUCGAUUCACAGAUGUUACUACUGAAAUACUCCUCAUAGGAGCUAGGGUAUGAGGGCAUCGUCCAAAAUGUCAACUUGUAAUUUCUUUGAAGUGGUGUGUUUUAUCUUUAAAAUUAUUCUGAUUUUGCUUAUGAAUAUAUGCAACAGAACUUUUUAAAGAUUAGAAAAAUUUUUGACUUCUUUCCAAAUCUUUGAAUAAAAUUGACACUCCAGAAA